UAUCAGAAGCAACUGCUCAUGGACGGCGGGGACGUUAACGUGUUCGCUGGCAUUCUUUCUGUCAGCCUUGCUAAAUAUGUCUUUGCAUGGUGGGCCCAACGCAGUUCUCAGAACUUCAAGCUAGUUGGAAGAGUUUCUGGUUUGUACCUUCACCCAGUUAAGUCCUGUAAAGGGAUUGACUUGCUCGGUGCGGAAUGCACUAAGUUGGGCCUGAAGGUCGGCGAUGUUGGGGACAGGCAGUGGAUGGUAAUCAGAAAGGAUGAGACAUUUGUCAGCAUAAGAGAGGAACCAUCUAUGGUCUUUAUAGAGGUCAGCAUCCAGGGCGAUUGUUUGCAUCUUGAUGCUCCAGGAAUGGAGACACUGAAAGUGCCUGUUCAUAUGCCAUUGAAUACCACAGAUGUCAGGAACUGCAUAAUGCGGGACAUGCGCUGCACAGGCUUGGACUGUGGGCAACAGGCAGCUGAUUGGAUGAACAGAUAUUUGAAACAAGAUGGAAUGCGUCUUGUAUACUGUCAUCCAAGUUUAUCCAAAAGGGAGAUGAGGACCAAGAAAACUUAUUUCCCUAAUCGUUCAAGACCAGGAGACCAGGCACUCUAUCCAGACUUUAGUGCCUUCCUAUUAAUGUCAGAAGCUUCUGUGAAGAAUGUCAACAGUAACCUGCCUGAAGGGAAAGAAGUUUACAUGCGAACUUUCCGUCCAAAUAUAGUUGUCUCUGGUUGUCAUGCCUUUGCAGAGGAUGGUUGGCAGAGAGUUCGCAUUGGAAACAACCAGUUUGUUAGGCUGAAACAUUGUCAGAGGUGUAUUAUGACUACUGUGAAUCCAGAAACUGGGAUAAAAGAUCCAGACAAUGAACCACUGAAAUCAAUGAGCAAAUACCGCCAACAUCCAGAUUUCCGUACCCCUGUGCUUGGGAUUAAUUUAGCAGCAGAUGUCUGUGGACCUAUCAGCGUUGGGGACCCAGUGUAUGCAGUAUUAUCUGAUUGAGUGAAUCAGAAUGAUGGAUUUUCAAACAUUUUUUUAUACUUGCCAAAAUGUUUGCUUUUUUAUAAACAGCUCACAUUCCUCAAUGAGCAAAACUGUGUUUUAUAUACUACUGUAAUUGACCUUCAUUUAUUAAGAGCAUGCAGCUGAAUAUAGAGCUAUUUUUUACCACUUUUACUGAUGUUAACAGGGUCUUGAGAAGCACCAGCAUUGGCUUGCUAGAGAAGGCAGAUUUAUGCCUGUUAAAACACCAGUUUGUUCAAUUAUUACAGUCAAGUGCCAUAUUAUUGGAGUUAUACAUUUAAUAUUUUACAAAAGAAGUAAUUAUUUUGUUUGCACAAAUAUUUUAAACAGCAUUCCAGGUAAAUAAAAACUAAUGUGGAGGUUAUAAGAAGUAAUGUUGUUUUAAAAGUGGAAGGUAUCUGUAGUUAUGUUAUAUAGAAUUCGAAGCUUUGGACGCCACCGUCUUCACUGUAGAGGUAUAACACAUUUUGCCUUGUCUAAAAUAAAGUACAAUUUUUGUAAUCUAUGCUUAGUCUUUAAAUAAAAACUGUUAAAUUUGAAAGAUUUCAGACUCCCAAC